AGUUACUAGAAAUGUCAACUUCCUAGAGACCGACACAAACCCGGAAGUUGCAGAAGGUAAACAACGAGAAGGAGGAAAGAAACCGGGAACGUCCGUAGAUCCCGGGGAAGAUGAGCUGGAACCCCUUCAAGGCCGGGCCGAAAAAGCAGAUUGUUUCUAAAACCGUAGAGAGGGACUUUGAACGGGAAUAUGGCAAGCUCCAGCAGUUGGAAGACCAAACCAAAAAAUUACAAAAAGACAUGAAGAAAAGUAUUGAUGCAGACCUAGCCAUGUCAAAGUCUGCUGUCCGGAUCACGUCUGACCUUCUUGGGAAUCCACUGUGUGAGCCAGACCCAGAUUUCUUAUGCAUGGUGACCGCGCUGGACACUGCAAUGAAACGUAUGGAUGCCUUUAAUCAGGAGAAGGUAAACCAAAUUCAGAAAACUGUGAUGGAUCCUCUGAAGAGGUACAGCAACGUGUUCCCCUCACUGAACAUGGCGGUGAAGCGCAGGGAGCAGGCACUACAGGAAUAUAAGAGGCUGCAGUCAAAAGUUGAGAAAUAUGAAGAAAAGGACAAAACGGGGGCAGUGAUUGCCAAAUUACACCAGGCCAAGGAAGAGCUGCGCCCCAUCCGGGAAGAUUUUGAGGUGAAGAACCGUCAGCUGUUGGACGAGAUGCCAAAGUUUUACAACAGUCGCAUAGAUUUCUUCAAGCCCAGCUUCCAGUCGUUAAUCAGAGCAGAGGUGGUGUACUACACCGAAAUGUCUCGGGUGUUCGGAGAGCUGGCGCAGCAAGUGGAUGAGGCGCAGCUGACAGACGCUGAGAGAGAAAGGGAAAACGAGGACAAACUAGCCGAGCUGCGAGCCUUGUCCAUCGUAGCCGAUGAUUGAAGAACCAGUGAUAGGGUUAUAUGUAACAUCAGGUGAUGGGUACAGAACCAGGUCCAUGUGAGGCAUCCAGACUGUAACCAUGUCUGAUAUCCAGACUGGGCAGGAAAGUUGCACACUACUGUCCUCAACAUUAUCCUCAGAGGCGGUCCUCAUUGAACACACUAAUUACUUGAUAAAAUCCACAAAGGGAAAGCCAUGGCUGAGUGGUUGUGGCUAGGAGCUUGACCAGCUCUCCUGACAUGUCUGUUGUAGUAGCUACUUGCAUUCACCCUGUAGAUCUGAACAUCUUCCAGAUUAAGCUAAUUUCACACAUGCGUCAAAGAAAUCUGGCAGGCUAUUCCGCCAUAGAAGAGCCUGACGGAGAUCUCUGGUUCCAGCAUAGCCAGUGCCCGCUGGACUCCAUUGACUAUAAUGGGAUGCGGUGGGAAUCUGGCUGGUCCCAGACCUAUAUGCCUGGAUUUGGCUGGACAAAGAUUGUUGCGUUCAGCAAUUUUUGUCUGUCCGAAUCCCAGCUGAGCGUCCGGAUUCCAGAGAGUCCAGUGGGCACGCAACAGUAUCCGGUUACGCCAGACCCAGAGAACUCCGGCAGGUUGUUCUCUGCAGGACUUUCUUUGACGCAUGUGUGAAUUUAGCGUUACAUGAGGAAUACAAUGCUUUACUAACACAGACAAAACAUGGCAGGAGAAGUGUCAGCUCCUCUGUAAGUGCCUUGAUUUAAAAAAAAAAAAAUAAUCUAAUUUUUUUUCUCCUAUUUUAAAAUUCCUGUCUGUCAGCCAUCUUUGUCUUUUCUUUCCCUCCUGCACAUGAUACAGUAGGUCCUCCCUGCUGUAUAACUAGCACCUCUCAUAGCGGGGUUUAGGCUCGAAAAGCGAAUAUACCUUGUGUGCGGAUUUCACCAUUGUUGAUUAGUACUCCUAUAGCGCCGGACACCCUUGGGUGAAUAGAGUCCUAUGGAUACAUGUGACGUGUACGCCGGGAGCUUUUCCUGGUGUCGACUCUAAACAUAGAACUCGUACAUCUGCACAGAGCCUUAUUCUUCAAAAGCCAUUUUGGUUGCUUCAUAACAUUAGGACUAAGGGCGGGCGCUGCUUGUGAAUGUGGAAGCUCAUUCCUGAUCAUUGCCCUCUUGUUGGGGGAUGAAUGAUCGUUACUACGAUUGUCCCCGUACAGUUUCCCUGUUUUUUAGCUGCAUGUUCUUCUUUACAAAGGGCGAUAUGCUGCCCAUGAACUCAGAUUGCUAACACCUCAUGAAGGAUGCCAUCACCCAACAAACUGUCUUUUGCUGGUUUGUCCAUUAACCGAUGACUCCUUUCCAUGGGGCAGGAGCAAUCGUACUAAUGGUAAUGCCCAUCUGCAGUGUAUUACUCCACAUUGUAUUCCCCCGGAGGUAAAUGAUGCAUCAGGCUGGGCCCACAUGCAAAAAACAUUUUACGACCACAUCAAAAACCUGAGGCAGAAAUGAUUGUUUGAUACGUGUGGGUAUGUUAAAAGCGUCUUGUAGCAUUUUUAAUUUUUUUUGUGGGUUUUUCAAAAUAUGGGCUUAGUCAAAAAUACUGCGUCCAAGAUGUGUCUUCAAACAUACAAUGUAUACAAUAUUCUCAUUUUGGGGGGUUCCGGCGGAUCAUAAGAAUGGGUACCCCGAGAACCCCCCCCCCCCCCCCGAAAUGAAUGGAGCAACAGGUCGAGAUUGUGAACUGCCGCUCCAUUUAGCUCUAUGGGAGGUCUCUCUGUGAAUAGGGGUUAACUUUUAACACAUUUAAAAUAUUACUAAAUUAAAAAAUGUCACCAAAAACACUAAAAGAAGGCUUUUAAAAACCCAGAAGAAAUGGUGUGAAGGAGGCCUCGAGGGUGAUACUAAAUGACUUUUUGGGGUAUAUUUUAAGUUGUGACACUUUUUUUUACUAUUUUUAUUUUUUUCCCUCCCUAUAGAGAGGUCAAUUCGGGAGCACCUGAAAAUUUUUAUUUUUUUUAACACCCAGAGCACGCUGUGAUUAAAGAAAAAAAAAACACCACCAUAAAAACAACAUUAGGAAACAGUCCUACAAUGGCAGUACAAAAAAAAUUAUCAUUUCUCGUUCACAAACAUCUUUGGUCCUAAAAAGCACUCGUACAAAAAAGUGACAUGUUUUUAACAAAAGAAAAAAAAACGCACUUGUGCAUCCACCCUAAGGCCUCAUGCAGACGACCGUUGUUUUGGUCCGCAGUAUUUGCGGCUCGGAUGCAGACCCAUUCACUUCAUUGGAG